AAUACGUCAAGCUGAGUAUUGGAGUCAUCUGUUCUGCAUCUGUCAAAAAGGGACAUGCUUCGUCCUCGGAGUUAUCAGAAAAACAGGUUAUCCAACUUCAAUUAUUGAAUACAAUGUCAAAGAGAAACUACAGAAAAUUACGAAAGUUCUUACAUUUUACUUGGUUUCACUAGCAGCUACACAGUCAUUUAUUGGCUGAAUUAAUUAAAAAUGAUACCAAUUUCUUCCUCAGAAAGUAUUUUCAUUUAUUCAAGCGCAGAAAUAUUUGUGUGCAAGUAUGACGGUACCUUACCAAGCAGAAUUUCAUUGCAGUUCAGAGUACAAACUUGGCACAACUCUGUACAACUGUGGUCACUUCAUGGUCACAGUCACGUGUGAUGAAAGUUGUACAAUUAUUCUGCAAACAUACGUGUAUGCUAUUCGCACCGGUGUGUGACAAGCACAAUAAGGAGGGUGCGAUUGUUAAUACGUUGCUAUGGGAUUUUCAGAAUCAUUCUCCUUUAUAUAUAAAAAUCAAGUGGUAUACACCUUGCAAGAUUGUACGAAAUAUGCGUUUAGCUAUAUCAUGCCGCAAUGGAAGAAAACAGAAACUGUACCAGCAGCCCAUUUUUCUACAAAAAUUUUAAGAUGUUCACCCACUUCAUUAGUUCGAGUGGCUGGACUAUUUGGAGCAUCGGCAGUGAUAUUAGGAGCUAUUGGUGCCCAUGCACAUAAAGAUGCAACACCAGAACAAAAGAAAAUCUUUGAAACUGCAAAUGGUUAUCAUUUCAUUCACUCUGUGGCUCUUCUUGGAGUACCUAUGAGCCGCUGGCCCAGGACAAGCGGGGCACUGCUUACACUUGGUAUGGUUCUGUUUUGCGGCUCUUGUUACCAUCAAGCAUUUACUAAUGAGAAGAAAUUUUCUGCAGUGACUCCCUGGGGUGGCACUCUUCUUAUUGCUGGUUGGCUUGCAAUGGUUUUAUAAAAAUAACAAUCAACCAGUUUGAAAAUGUUUUAUGUGAAUGUGAAAAUUAGAGAACUCAAACAUUUAAUGUUUGAUGUGUAUUGUUGUUUAUUGGAAAUUUGUAAGUCCCUACAUCAUCUAUUAUGUUUUUAAUAAAUGUAAAGUAAAAACUGUACUGUGUAAUAAAUGAAUUUCAGUAUCUUGACUAGACUUUCACGAGAGGUAGGCAUUUCAUGUCAGUGGGUUUCUCUGAGACAAGAUAUUUAAAGAACUACAUCUUCACCUUUUUUGAAGUUAAGAAAUUAAACAUCUUAAUAAUAUGAGUGAUAUACAAAAGUCAAUUGGCAAUUAUCGAUAGUGUAAAUCUAGUUUUUUCAUGAAAUGCCUCUAUUUCCUUGCUUCAGAAAACUUGUUUUUGCUUUGACCACUACAUAAAUUAUCAGUAUAUAUAUUUAUAUAUAAAAUUACAAAAAACAAUGUAAUAACACAAUUGAUUAAUAAAUUACUUGCCUUAAUCCAUAAAUAAGCAACUGAAAAAUUUUGUGAAACGAACAAGUUUAAUUUUGUACACAUGUACGAAUACCUGUUAAAUAUACUUUUUCUAUGACCAAUGAUGGCUAUCAUUAGUUAUGUUCAUUGGUAGUAACUAGUAUAGAGUACUCAGUUAAUGCCACCUAAUGCUCUCCCA